GUCAGCUGUUGACUUUACUAAUCAUUCAUCUCUAAGAGAGAAACACAAACUUUUUGGUAAUUUUGAUAAACACAGAAACUUUAAAAACAUAUUUUUCAAUGGCAGACGAUGCAGAUAAACCCUCCACCUCAAAGAAAGUUGACGAAGCUCCGCUCUUUCCACCCGCGAAACCUGGAAAACGAGUGGACUAUGGCACAAAUAACACUCUGGAGCUGCUGGAGCGGAUUCCCAGCCAGGUGGUAGAUCUCAAGCUGGACGAUGUCCUUACCGCCGUCAAGGAGGUGGAUAACCUGUGUGAUUAUCCCCGCUGCAAGACUAAAACGAGCCUAAUGGGCCAGGACUGCCAGCAUUGUAAAAAGAGAUUCUGCUUCAAGCAUGGACUGCCAGAGGUUCACGGAUGUGGGGAAGAAAUCAAAAGGGAUGAGCGGAAGAAGUUCCUGCAUCCCAAACCAGCAAAGACCGUACGCCAGGAGGAGGAUGUCAAAAAUGCCAAGAAACGUCUAGAUGCCAAGCUGAAAGAUAUGCAGUUGGGUCGCACUCAGAAAGCCAACAGUGGGGGAGGCAAAAAAAGAAGGGAAAAUAGAAAAAUUAAUGAUAAGAUUAAAGAAUGCUUUAGUUACAAAAUCUUCAAAAAUCCACGAUUGCGUGAACAGUUAUGAUCAAAUCAGCUUAGUAGCUUAUUUUUUAACUUUAUUUAAGUUAUAACCUUGAACGUUAAAAAUGCUCAAAUAAAUAAGCCAUGUAAAGACUCGAA